GGAAAACGUAUAUUUGAAUCUAUUUGACCUUGAAAAUCUUUUUGCGUGAUACGUCAAAUUUCAACUUUAAAUAUUGGAUGUGAAUAACAAAGAAAAUGGGUUUAAGGUUAGUUAAAGGAACCAAACUAUCCUCGUUAGUUGGAAGUUAUCACCGCACCUUUCGAAUGUUCAUUCAUAUCAAGCGUGGAACCUGCUCGAACGGUUUAACGCGCACGUUUCGGAACAUUUUCAAACGGGAUUUUACCGAAAAAUUAUUUAGUUUCAAUUCGUAGUCCAACUGGAAAGGUUUAGUUUCGUAUAAUCACCUAAGAUAAAUCCCAAAAAAUAAUGAAAAUUUAAUUGAAACAUAAUAAAAAAUGUCAAAAAUCAACAUUAACAAAUUAAUCCCAACGAGGGCCGUCAUAGGAACGAUGAUUUUUAUGGCUUGUUUUAUGUGUUACGUUGUAAGGGUGAAUAUGUCCAUUAAUUUAAUUGCAAUGGUUGAACCGAUUGGUUCAAAAACGGGGCACCAAGUGGCCGAAUGUUCCAGAAAUGAUGAAGAAAACGAAAAUCAAACGGAAAGUUUACAAAAAUUAACAAGCACCGUAAAUUAUGGGGCAAGGUAUUCGUGGAACGGCGAAAUUCAAGGUUUAAUUCUUGGAUCGUACUUUUGGGGUUACAUCUUAACCUCAAUUCCCGGUGGUUUACUAGCUGAAAGGUUUGGACCUGUUAAGACCAUCGGUGUGAGCACUAUCUUAUCGGCGGCGUUGACCCUUUUAGUGCCACUUUGUGCUUCUUGGCAUUAUAUUUUUGUGAUAACAGCUCGAUUUUUAACUGGAAUGUUAGGGGGAGUUGUUUACCCAGGACUUCAUUGCUUAAUAUCCCGUUGGGCCCCACCCAUCGAAAAAGGCAAAUUCACAGGCGCCCUUUUAGGCGGAACCUUAGGCACCGUGAUAACAUGGCCGCUUUUGGGCGCAAUCCUAGAAUCGAUGGGCUGGUCUUGGGCGUUCUUCAUCCCCGGAAUAAUCGUGUUGCUUUGGUGCACUUUAUGGUUCAUCCUCGUCUCUGACACCCCGGAGGAUCACCCGAGAAUUUCAGAGGAAGAAAAAAAGUACAUCGCAAAAUCCGUCGGGGACGUAAUCACUAAAGAAAAAGCGUUACCUCCUUAUAAAGACAUGUUUUUGUCAAUUCCGUUUUGGGCGUACACCGUUUUGCACUUUGGAAAUCUUUGGGGGCUCUAUUUGUUAUUGACGGCGGGUCCUAAGUUUAUGUCGGAAGUUUUGGGGUUUAAUCUGGGACAUUCGGGGAUCUUAGCGUCGUUGCCGUAUUUGGCUAGGAUGUUGUUGGGGUUCUUAUUUGGGUAUAUUGGGGAUUAUAUCCGGAAGAAGUCUUGGAUGAGUGUUACGGUGAUAAGAAAAAGUUUCGUUUUAUUCUCUCACUUUAUACCUGGCAUCUUUUUAAUCGCACAAACUUUUACGGGAUGCGACACAACCUUAGCCGUAAUCUUUUUAACUUUAGCCCUCGGCAUGAACGGGGCUUCCACUUUAACUAAUCUUCAAAACUCGCAAGAUUUAGCUCCAAAUUUCGCCGGAACUUUAUAUGGCGUUGUUAAUUGCAUUGGGGGAACCACAGGAUUUAUUACCCCGAUGUUAACAGGGUAUUUCACAAAGGAACAUAAUGGAUUGGAUGAGUGGCACAUAAUUUUUUGGAUCGGAGCUUCGGUUUAUAUUGGAUCAGGAGUUGUAUUUUGCUUAUUGGGGUCAGGGCAAAUUCAACCUUGGAAUUACGUUAAGUGCAUCCCCCCUCAAAAAAGCGGUGUUGAUAACCCGGCUUUCGCCGAAAAUGAUGCUAAGGAAGAUAACACCAAAGUGUAAUAAAAUAAUUCAUUAAUUUGUUAUUAUUACUUGAAUAUUGUGAUUAUUAUCCCGAAUUAUUUCCUAACAAACAAAGUAUUAUUAUUUAUGUUUUUAUGAUGUAGGAUUAUAAAAAAAUCAGGUUAUUUCGUACAAAUGUAUUGCAUCGAAGCCAA